GUUUCUCUCCCACGUCAGUCGUCUUCGUUUUGUGUAUCUGAUAUACGAGUAAAAUGUAGAAAAAUAUAGUGAAAAACGAGAAAACCAUGAAUUUGCUAACGAAAAAAUUGAAACAAAAUGUGUUUUAACAUUAAGUUAAUCAUAAAAUUAGACGUAGUUUUAAAAUUUAUAAAAAAUAAAACGAAUUGAUAGCAAAAAAAGUUCACAUUUCGAAAGGUGCUGCUGGUAGCGGUCGGUGGUUACAUGAACCCAGCCCUAAAAAGUGCAAAAAAUCGAAGUCACAACAAAGAAAAAAUUAUCAGGAAGCGAAAAAAAUAUUGUAUCCCACAAAUGUUCAAAGUGCAAUAAAUCUGUGUGUGCGUUUCGUUUUACUGUGUGUGCAUGAAUUUAGUGUAAUUUAAUUAAGCAAAAUUGUCCAUAACUAAUCUCGAGCACAGCCAGCCCAAACAUGGAGACGGAGGAAAAUGAAAUAAAUUUUGGUUUUGCCGAUGCAGGAACAUGGAAUUCCACUGGCCACAUUGCCUUGGAAAACAUGAAAAUCGAUGCUCCCAUGAUAUGGCUUCUAUGUUCACUGCUAACAUCUAUAACAUGGGUAACCUACAUCACAUUUUACAAUUCCCGUUUAAUGGGAAUGCUAAUAACAAAAAUAGCCAAUCGUUGGUUUAUCAAGGGAGCUUUCUUUAAAAUAGGAUCUGUAGCUUUAAAUCCUUUAGCGGGCAAAAUAAUGUUUCGUGAUUUUGUCUACAUAACAUUCGACUAUUCUGUUCGGGUACAAGAUGGCUAUUUCAUAUUUCGUUGGUGGCGUUCAUAUGUACCCAAGGAUGUAUCCGAAGAUUUGUCCCAUUCGGAUACCAGGUUAUCAGUGCAAUUAAAUGGCUUUGAAUUGCACAUCUACAAUCGUUCACAGUUGUAUGACGAACUGGAGAGAACAUUUGGUUUGAAGCCAUCGGUUUUGAUACCGACCGAUUCCCUUUCGACCGAGGAACGCAUCAAACUGAAAGAGCACACCAUGAACAUGGAAAAUGCCCGUCAAAGUAAACGACAAAGUGUCAAACAUUCCGAAGCCAUGAAAGCCACAACAUGGCGUGAUCUCAUACCAGUGAUUAAAAUUGAUAUAUGUUCGGGGCGUUUUGUAUUCGGUAACCGUUUGACGCCCACCACCCUUUCCAUAUCGAUGGAGGAGGCCCAUUGUACAUAUAGUACCAAACCGGCUGUGUGCCGUUUGGAUCAUUUUAUGCAUUUCGUCAAGGCCAAUGUGGAGAACGCCAAAGUUAUGUUUGCUCCCAGUCCCAAAUAUACGGGUUUGGUUGAUGAGCCACCACGUUAUAUGGGUGAGGGAUUUGUUGUGAUGAUGUCCAAUCAAAUGGAUUUAUAUUUCUAUAUGGAUGAGCCGGGUGUUGUGCCCGAGGAGCCAGUCCACAUUACUUUGGCCAAUGGUGAUACAGUGGAGCCCUCCCUCCCCGUCUUGGGUAUAAAUAUCAAAUGUUUAAAGGGCACCGAUUUCAGCUAUGGUCCCUGGGCCGAUAGACAACGGGAUCAUUUAUUUAAAUUUUUCUAUCCUCCCGAUUGGAAGGAGAUGCAAGUAACACCAAUGCCCAAGCCGGGAGAACUGCGUAGUUAUCAAAGUUUUGAUGUAACGUUGUGUGUCCUAAAUGAAGCCACCAUAGAUAUUUUAUUCUCCAAGGAGAAGGAAACAAAUGCCAUGCACAUCACUGUGGGACCUGCCUCCUAUGUUGAAGUAACCAUACCCUGGGUAACACAUCCCGAGGGUUACACCUCCAAAAUCCAAGGUCAAUUGUUUCAUGUGGAGGCCACAACCUCCUUGCAAUAUCGUAGUUUGGCCGAAUUUGAAUCCCUGGAAUAUAAAGUGCGCAUACACUACCCCACCAAAUGGAAUGCCCCACAAGAUUGGAGCAUAUCCCUGGCUGGAUGCAAGGCAACUGCAUACAUCGUCUAUAAACAUAAAUGUUUCUUUCAAGAUCUCAUCGAAGAUUGGGCCAGCAAAGCCAGACCGGAUAUUUUAUCCUUUGUGCCAUAUACCUGUAAAUUUAAUAUACUCCUCAAUGAAUUUGAAAUUCUUACAUUGUGCAAUGAAUACAAUUGGAUUGAUUGUUCCAGUGCCAAUCAGGAAAACAACCAUUUGGCUUUUUGUGGUGAUGUUUUUGACAUGAGUUUUGCAUUGCCUUUUGAAGAUUUUCUGCCCAAAACUGUUACAUUGAAAUUCUGGAUUCAUGGCGAGGGCUUGGAUUUGAGCCUCUAUGUACCGGAAGUAUCCUCAACAAGGCCCAUAGUACUGGCCAUAGAUGAAAAUGCCCGUCUGUUGACCAGAAGUGGUAAAGUGAAAACAAGACCAGAGUUAUACACCAAGAAAUGGCGCAAGAUUUGUCAACGUUCGGCGGGUUGGAUCGACUGCUGGACGGUGCCAAUUGUGGCCUUAUCAAUACAAUAUGUCUAUCAUCCAGCACCACCCUUGGGGCCAGAUCCCCAGGCCGAUAUAACAACACCUGAAAAAGAAGAAAUUUUGCUCAGUCCCAUGCGUAUACCGAAGACCAGAAAAUCGCCCAAUCCCAAUUGGCAAAAGGCCGCCGAACAACAGCAGAAAUUUGAUCCCUCAACGCUGCCGGCCGAUCAUGUUACAGUGGAGCUGGAAAUUGGUUCUUCUGUGCUCAUGUGUUAUGGCAAUGUGUUGAGAAAUUUUAUAAAUCUCAAAGAGAACAUAUUUGGAGAAGAUCAAAAUUUCACCGACAUGGAACAAUCAAAUGUUAAGACCAAAGAAACCGUCAUACAACCACCCAUAAAUCCCAAAGAUCAGCUAUUAUCGAGAGAUAAAGAUUUGGCCACAAAAUCCAUAUCAGAAGUUACUGUGCCCGAGGAGAAACAAAAACCAUUCGAUCCUAGAUUAUAUAGACCUCUAGAGGUUGUAGUAUCGGUGAUUAUACACGACAUACAGGCACAUGUUAUGAAAAACUGCAAUGAAAAUGAUCCACCAUGUCCUGUGGUGUUGAUUGAACGUUUGGGCUUUGAGAUGAAUAAACGUUAUCACGAGACAACUUUGCAAGUUUUGGUCAGCCCUUCAUAUUUGAUAACAUCGGAUUUGGUGCCAAGACAGAAUCGUGAUAAACAUAUCAAUCAGGGACAUUUAAUGUUGUCGGCAGUGCAGGUUCGUGGCCAUGCCAUGUUUAGUAAUGAAGGUUGUGCUUUAGAUGAGGAUACCCUGGAGUAUUCUUGGCUUGUAGAGGUCCAGUUGGGAAAACUCUCGGGUAAAUUGACCCUUCCCCAGUUAUUUAAUGUUGCUGUGGGCCUAGAGACGUUGGCUCUGCUAGCUGUGGAUCCUGAGAAUUGUUUGAAAUCACCCAAAACUGUACGCAAUUGCCAUCAUGGUGUACCCAGUAAUCAAUGUCCCCACACCAAAGAGGAAAACAAAUACAAAUGUCCCUCGGCGGAGGAUAUUAAAUAUAAGAUGACUAGAGUUUCUGUAGAUGCAGUAGAUGUUUAUUUAAUCGAAAGUGGUACAGCUUUACAUGCUUGGAUCUCACCCAUACGCCUGGCCAAUUGUAAUUUACACGGGCAACGUGUCAAAUCGGGCAUAUCCGGCUUGCUACCCUCAAUCUUGAUAAGACUGUUUAUGUUAAAUGCUGGUUGUACAACAAACAUGACAAAUUCAUAUAACACAAAUACCACGGGCAGCAAUCGUUCGGGUAAAUUACGUAGAGCCGAUCAGGAGUCUGUUAAAUCGGAUAUACAUCAUCAUGGCACCCAUCCGGCCAAGGGAAAACGUAGCUCGAAUUCAUUUUCUCAGCGUAGAGAUUCCCGCGAGGAGAGUUCCCGUAAGUUGCGUGAUAGCUUCUCGGAAUGUAGGAGACCAAAUGCUGGCGGGACUACAGCGGCAUAUGAUAGUGAAUUCUUUGAAAAUUGGGUUGAAGUUGGUUGCACCUCAUUGGGACCCAUACUAUUGGAGGGAGCAUCAGCAUUGCCCAUACCCGAUCAUAAAUUACAUUUGGUGCAGCAUAAUUUCUUGCGGGAACAUGACAUGAAAUAUAAACGUUUGUGGUUCUUGUGGUCAAAUCCGGCAACAACGUCCAGCAAUAUUACUGGUGUUGUGGAUAUAUCACGUUGUGGUUGUAUUGGUGGUUGUGCCUUCUUUGGUAGUAAUCGUAAUGGCUUGAAGUUCUUUAAACCAUCCGCCCAGGAUCUACAGGACAAUUAUAAUAUUGCCAGAUAUUUCAUUAUAAACAACAAUAAAGAUUUUGGCUUUGGAGAGAGUAUUUUACAUCAAGGACAGUUGGUAUUCCAUACACCGCCAUAUAGUUUGCAUUCAGUCUCACUGCAUGAUUCUGCCGAAUUUACUGGAAAGGGAAAACUCUAUCGUCCUCCAACCGCCGUUAAUGGUAGUUUGAAAAAAUCCGAUUUGGCUGGCAAAGAUAUAGUGGGAGCAAAAAUGAAGUUAGGUGGUGCCUCAACCCUGGACAAGGAUAUGAAUGGCCGCAAAUCUAGAGAAAGUAUUGGCUCACCCAAUACACUGGAACGUAGAAGCAAACGUUAUUCAUAUUCAACAACACGACAAACAUCUGUAGAAGUUCCUUAUGCCCGUCUACUGGAUAGUCCAUCGAAAAAGAUCUUACGGCAAGAUUCGGCCGAUUCACAAAUUGUGGUCUAUCGCCGAGGUUCCGAUUCGAAUAAAUCGCAAAAUAAUACACUGCGUGUGUCACCACCGAAGACAAGUAUAUCUGAUUCUCGUUUAACUGGCGAGGCCAAUGUUGAAGAUGAAUUGGAGAUACCCGAUGAAAUGUCGCAUUCUGCGCCCCAUUCACAUCCCUUGGAAUUUGAAAUUGCCGACAUCAAUAUGCAGUCACAGCUGCCAAGUGAUCUAACAAAUGGUGAACAUUUGACUAGGGAAGUUCAACGAACCAUAUCUCUGACAUCGGAGAAUCCCUCCGAAAUGUUUUUCUCUGCCGAAGAAGAUAUCUCCAAUAUGAUGUCUCAAAGGGGCUCAAUUAAAAAUCACAAUGGUUCCAUUAUAUUUUCUGGAAAGAAACGAUUUUCUUCUGAUUUGAGCAUUGGCAAUCAAAAUGAAAAUGCUACACUGUCAUCAUUGAAUACCUAUAGAAGUGAUUUGGAAAUCCAUGCACCAGAACCCAAUGUAAAAUCCCUGUCAAAACGUCCCCAAAGCACCACCGAAUUGGUGGACUCCAGAGCAUCAUCGUCGGGAACACCCUCCUUAUCGUCGAAUUCCUUUAUCUCAGCCAUGUCGUCACAAGAAGAUGUUGCCUUGGUCAAUUUGCAUCAACAAGUGAAUCGACCCAUUAUCGAUUCACCCCUUCUCAUGGCCAGCUAUUUGAAUCAUUUAUCGCAAGUGAAAUGUUUCAAUUGGACCUCAUGUUCAUUUCCAUCGGGUUUGGAUGUAUUUUCAACACCCCUAUUUCAUGAAAAUGAAAACGGAGGCCUAACCUAUAUUGGCAGUAAAAUGGUACCACAUUUUGAUUUAUACUCAUCGUGGAGAGAAAUAAAAGUGGUGCCACGUUACGAAAACACAACGGGCAGUAAUAGUUCGGCCACAUUUAUGGGUGGUCCUAAAUCCCAUCCCUGGGAUCCUAGUGUUCUGCUGAAGGAAGAAGAAAGUGAUAAAUCUACAAAUGGUUUUGAUGAUGGGGAAUUUAUGAGUCUGCAGGCAGAGGGAGCGGCAUGUACAUCGGUUGUGGCCCGUCUCAAGGGUCAGGUUAAUGUGUUUUUAACACCUUUAUUGUUGGAGGGACUACAAAGAAUGGUCGAAUCGGCAAUACCGACAUUUUCAAAUAUGCACCUACUAACCGUUGUCAACUAUAUACACUCAUCGUGUAUAGCGAAAGUUAAGAAUGAUAACAUCUUGAAACGUGAUCAAUCUUUGAGUUAUUGGUCUCAGGUCCAUUCAAAUUCAAAACGUUCAACAACCGAAAGAAAUCUCUUAGGUCCUGGUGAUUCAUUUUUAAGUGAUGUCUACGAGGAGAGUAUAUCGACGAAGACACAGGGUUUAAUUGUUCUACCCAAAGUCAGCAUAACAAUGUUGCAAUCAUCCAUUAUCGAAGAAGUUAUAUCGGUGGCGGCAUUGGAUAAUGUGCAGGAUCUCAGCUGCGUCUCCCUUUUGACAUUCUAUAUCGAGGGCGUUUCAACAAAAUUCCAUUUGGGCAAGACCACCCGAGCCUCAAUGCACAAUGUGUACAUACAACAGACAGUGCAGUCGAAUAGUCACAAAAAGGGUGGCAUCAUGAAGGGAACACGUGCCCUUUUGGCCCAUCUAUCAUCCCAGUCACGACCCGACAAUGUACAAGGUGAACCAAUUCUAAUUGAAACUUCGGAAAAACAAUUAGAAGAACUUGUCAUCACUCUGGACGUGGGGCGUGCACAUGCCCAGCUGAGACGUUUAAAAACCGAAAGUACCACUGGGCAAGAAUCGCCCAUAAUGGUGACCGCCAUACCAGAACCUAAGAGUAAAGUUUUAUUUGAAUGCCUAAAAAUGACCGACAACACAGGAGUUGAUAGUAUUGGUUAUAUUAUGUUUGAAUGUGGCCUUGAAGGUGUGGGUGUAAAAAUCGUUAAACGUUCCCAUUUUGAAAAGUCUGAAAACUCGAAAGAAGAAUUGGCCGAAAUGGCCGAGGAUGGUGUACUCAAUGAUUUGGUGGAAAAUGUUACGAAUACCACGACGGCAGCGGCUGCCAAUAACCCACAAAUAGAUGUUUCCACAACAUCGAGAGCUGAGGCGGCGUGGCGUAUGCUGACCAAAAAGCCGCCAACACCGAAGACUCCCAAAGAAAAAUUCCAAACUGCCUUGGAAAAUAUAAUUGUGACAGAACGUGUGGAUAAUCUAAAUGAUAAUCGCAAAUCUACACCCAAACCGCCAGUAAUGGAUGAGGAUAUUGAAAAGGGUAAGGGUACAAAUCAGACGAAAGGAAAGCCGGAGGGUUUUGAUAAAGUUGCAAACAAGGAAACGGACAAAACUUCGUCAUGUGUUAUUGAAUUGAAAUCGGUAUGGCUUAAUUUCGCUGCACCGCCAUGUGUGCCGAUAACACGAAAAAUUGAUUUGACACGUUUGGAUUGGAACCUCUUGAGUACGGCGUCGCCAGCCAUAACGGCUUGGAUGAAUCCCAGUAAUCGUUUGGCCAUUAAAAUUGUGGCACUACUUAAAGCAUUGCAUACACGGCAAACUUCGGUGGCAGCUUGCCUUAUGGCCGAUGCAUUGGAGAAUGAGAAGAUUCAGAGGAAUCCAAAAAUUAAAAAGAGUCGUUAUGCCAAUAACUAUACCCUACUGUCGAAGACAUUGCAAGAAGAUCCCAGCUGUCAGUUGUGUUUCAUUAUGCAAAAAUUGGUGCUUGAUGAGGGCGUCCAAAAGGUGGAGAGAAUUUUCAAACAGGGUGAUGUACCACAUCUUAAUACUCUGAGACAGGGCAUUAUUGUUCUCAGUCGCCAGUGGAAGAAUUCCCUCUACAAUCCCAUAUUGUUUGAACAUCAAUACAAAAAUAAAUUGACACGUCCCAUAAAUGUUACCUUUUCAUUCCCCCAAAACGAAGAGGAAUGCGAAGAUCCAGAAUGUGAAGGUGAUAAUGAUUUAGGGGCAUAUGCUGGUGUUGGAGACAAUCCUGAAGAGAGUGAGAAUGCUUUAUUACUUGGGCAAACACAGCAUCAUCGAACUCAUAUUGAUUCCAAUCAAUUUGGCAUGGCUUAUCCAAGUGAUGGUGUGCUACAUGGAUCACAACGUUCGACAUCGACUUCACCAAAUAUUCAUUUGACAAGAAGAGGGAAAAGUUUAACCAAAGCUUCAACCUAUUCACAUGGCAAUUCUUCCCGUUCCAGCAUACAAAUGUUGCCCAUUAUAUCGGGCUUGGUUGAUAAGCAAGCAGCAGAAAUUGAAUAUGGUGCCUUACAAGAGGGUUCCAUCAGUUCCACAAAUUCCGUGAAUAAGUUUUGGCUAAGCUCUUCGGACAAUCAAAAGGAGGACUUAUACUUUUGGAUGGCUAAGCAGCAGGAAAAUAAGAAAAAAGAAGCAUUUGCCGAAAAGGAAAUUCUACGUCCAACGCCAGUUAGUAAAAUGCCUGGAAAUGUACCGCUGCGUCCGGGUAUAAUGCAGGACUCGAUUACCCUCUUGGAUGCCCAUUUGAUUUUUGAGCCUCUACUGACAUGUCUGGGAGUUAUGCCACAGCAAAUGAUUAAUAAAUUUUCCAAUGCAGAUAUUUCAUCAUUGGAAAACUUUGGCACAAAUCUAUCACUGAUUGGCACCUUCGAUUCGAUACGUGUGGAUAUUGUGGUCUCAGAGGCGGGGGAUAAAAACAAAACGAAGACAACAAAAUUGCCAAGCAAGAAGGCGAAUGGUAGGCCAACCAUAAUGAUGGAUACUCCAUUGUUUUUGUGUGAACGUGUUGGCAUUGAAUUGGAAGUCUUGAAGAUGUCCGACGGAAUGGUUGAUACGGCUAGGCAGAAUGUCAUAUAUAUGUCACGUAGACAAAUGAAAAAACAUACCAGUACUGUGAUUAAUUUUAGUAUAAAUAUUAGAUUUAUUUCGCAACAGGUCAACAUGCCUCUAUUGCGUUUAUUACAUCAGAUAACCAAUAUGUAUCAAAAUGUUAAGGAUGCCCAAAAUGAAUUCCAUGACCAACCGGAUAUAAGUAAAAAAUCAAAUGCCAAGGAUGAAUAUAGUUUGGCCUCUGAACCCAAUGAUAUUAUGCCUUUUGGCUCCGUCUCGGAUCGUUUCAAUCACAAUGAAAAUUCUUCCGAUGAGCGAUAUGAUAAAUUCAAUGAAAUGGUUACAAUGACGCACACGGGAAGCAAAAUGAGACCUCUCAUUCAGCUGACACCUUCGCCAAGCGCCAAAAAUCGUCCUCAAUCAUUUGCCCAAAAACUACGAUCCACAGGGAAAUCGGUAAAGGGCAAAUUGGGUUAUACCAAUCUCAAUGAAUCAUCUUCAUCUCCGCUAAGAGAUAGCCCAACAACAUCCGUCUCAGAACAUCAUAUGUUUAAACUAUCGCUGGAAUCAAAAGCUUCGCUUAAUGGUGCCGGAGCCUGUGCCACUAGUGUUAGUGGCGAUUAUAAUACAAUAACUAAAAAUGGUUUCACUGCCAUUAUACCACCUCUAUUGGAUACACCAAAUUGUUGGAAAACUAUUUUCCAUUUAUUGGAAUUAUACGGCACAAUGCCAGAAACUAAAACGGUACAACAAAGGAUUUCAUUGACCAAUGAAAAGAAACCAUUUGGUGGUGGUUAUGGCCGACAAGAUACCCGCAACGAUGAUGAUGAUUUGACAAGUGCACCCACACCACUGCCACAACAUAAGGAAAUUUUCGAUAGUAGCUCACAGGAGAAGACACGUUUGAUAGUAUUUGGUGUGGCCAAAAUACACAAGACCCGUCUUUUGGCCACAUUGAGUGGUCUUAAAUUGGAAGCGGAAAUAACCACUCUGAAUGGUUCGGCAACGUGGCGUAAAAAGGCCAGGCCGGUUUCGUUGGAGUGUUCUCUCACCGGACAGGUGGGAAGAGCCAUGAUUGUGCUGCUGGAAGGUGUGGCUCCUAAUCAACAAACUGUUGUCAAAGUAACGGUGGGUAAGAGUCAAACUCUCUACUCCAGUCUCACGAAACGAGGACGUGAUAAAAAUAGUGGCCUUCUGUCAAUUGGCCCUGUUAAUAUAGAGAUUCCCCAACAUCCUGUGGCGCUACAUGGUAUGAUGACACGUUCUUCAAAGCAGCUCUCGUCAACGCUGCAAGAGCUACGAGUGGGUCGCAAUUCAGGUCGCACCGCAUCAAGGACACACAAUGUCGAUGAACCAGAAUCACCAUUUCAUUCACGGAACUCUGGUUCAAAUAUGGAUACUAAAGAAAAACCACCACAUCAUAGUCGUAAAUUUAAUACUCAGACGAGGUCACAACCUCAACAGAAUGGUUUGCUGCAACCUUUGGUUAUGCAGUUCAAUGUCCUUCUACAAUCGUUGUCAAUUAAUGCUGCUCUACUGCCAUCGCUACAGGCUCAAUAUCGUAUGAAUCAUGUCAGUUCAACUGGUGUGUCGGGAAAUCGAGCCAAAUUUGUCAUAGACUUGCCGACGCAUACACUGAGUUUUAAUACUAAAAUUCAGGUAAGGAAUGAAAUGAACCUACCAUCCGAGGCAUGUAUUGCCUUGCCACCAGUCCAUGUAAGUGCUGAAUAUAUACCGGAACAUCGCCAAGAGGAACAUGAACGUGUUGAGGGUGUGAUUUUACGACAAGGAGGUUAUGUUAAUGCCUCUGCCGAAAUUGGAGAAUUUGAACGGUGUCUUACAACUGAUUUACUCAAUCAUUUGGUGUUUGUGCAAAAAGUGUUUAUGCGUGAAAUUAACGAGGUGUUGCAAAAGGUGUAUGGUGGUGAGAAACCAGUACCUCUUUGGUCGGAGGAUAGUGAUAGUGGUAGUGUCCAAGAGUCAAGUCUUAAACGUAUACUUUUCUCUUUAAAUAUAUCAAUGAAACGGAUACAAUUGACGGCCACAACACCCUGUAAUUCGGCGGUACGUUUUGAAACGGGCACAUUGGAAUUGCAUUUAUCCAAUCGUGUCAAAAAUUUGGGUGAAGGCAAUGAUCGUAAAAUGUUCGGUAAAGCUCAUAUCGAUUUUAAUCUGUCUCUCGGUCAACUGAUACGUAAUGUGAUAUUUGAUGAGGCCGAACCGGAAUUUCAACAAUAUGCGUUUUUUCACACAACUAUCGGUUUACGUAAUGCAUUCCAAGAUGAAUUACUUAACGAGGACAAAGAAUUGAUCCUGCUAACGUUAAAACGUCCUUUGGUAUACAUUCAGCCGAUAGCUGUUGAUAAGGCCAUAUUAGUGUGGUUGAACUAUAAGAAUGCCUAUGAGUAUUGGGCUGAGAAGCGCGCGAAUUUGAAUUAUGAAAAUGCCCAACAGCAAUCGCAACAGGUCUUUGAUAGAGUGCCAUUUAAUCAGUUUAGCAACAUAGCUGGUUCGAAUUUGUCGACAUUGUUCCUACAGCUGACUGUAGAGGAUAUGGGCAUAUGUCUGCCGUUGAAUCCAGUAGCUAAUUCCUGGGGCUCAAGAUCCUAUCAAGAUUUUGAACCCAAAGGAGCUGUGGUCAUCACCCUGGAAAAUACCAUAAUAUCUGCCUGCAAUUCCGGCUCGCUGGUGUCCAAGGGAAAAUUCCAAGGUUUGUGUUUACGGUUUGCUGAUGAUUUUGAAACAACAUUGGACGAUUGGAAACCAAAUUCCAGUGAACCCAUAAUGAAUGUUUGUGUGGUGUCCGAGGGCACCUAUGAGGUUUGCUCUUGUACCACAGCAGCGAAGAAAAUGGAAAAUGCCAAAUGGCUGCUGAAUGUUAAAUGGCAAAUGGAAGGUGUUGAUAUCCAUUUGGAUAUUAACAUCGGCAAACAAUUGUCCUCAUUGGGUCAUACUCUAACCAUGCUAAGUGGUUUCGAGGAAGAAGAGACCAAUUUAGAUUCACCCGACAGCGAGGAUGAAGACAAGUCACAGCGUGAUACCUUUGGACGUCGUAGAGAAUUUGAGAAUCUACCACCGUUUGUUUUUGAUCCUACCAUUGAUUCGAAGAAGCGUUCAUUUAUGAUGGAAAAAGAAAUGGCCGAACAGUUGAAGAUCAUUAAUGAUUUGCGUACCUUGGGGGCAACACAAAAUACGAUUGCCCACGAGGAACGGAGACUUCAAGAAUUGCAAGCAAUAUGCUAUAAAUUCUUUAGAAGAGAUAUGAUCCAAAAAUGGAAACGUCCUUCGAUGCGUAGAAGCAUGAAAACAUCGCAGAGAUCCAUAUCGUUUAUGGGUGGCUCCCAUAGUCAUCAUAUUGAUGAUGGUUUGGCCACAUAUUCGGGAAGGAGAUUAGAUCCCAUUGCCUCCAAUGAUGAAAUAUCAAGUUUGCAAUCCACACCAGCCUCAUGUCAUUCGAGGAGUGCUUCACUCAAGACUUCGGCCACAAAUCGUGUAACAUUUUCGGAAACAAUGCGGCAAACAUCUUUGCCCAAUGCCGAUAGUGAUGAUGAACCACAGAGCACCAAUUCCCAAGAUGCUCACACGGAUACACCGCCCAGUGAGAUAGACAUUGAUGGCACCUCAGUGGAAAUGCGACGCAAACAUCAGUAUCAACAAAAGCAGCAGGAACCCAAUAUAGAUUUUGAGUUGGAUAUCAAGGUAUUGGUGAAUUCGGGCAAAUGUGUUCUACACACCAAGGAGACCACAGAAGAUCGGUUUUGCAUUUCUGGACCAACAACCGUUAAGACUCACAAACGGGAAAGAAGUGUGGGCUAUGAUUGGGGUAGUCCAACACCCUCACGUAGGCAAAGGGAUAAAAGUAAGUUACGAUAUAACCCCUCCAAUGCUGCCAUGCUGACGGAUCUGACCAUAUUCCAUAUACCGGGAUUGGAUGUCAAACUACACUACCAAUCAAGGACUGUGGAACACAGUGUGGGCGAAUCAACACGCAUGGCAAGCACCGAUAGCCAUCAAUCCAUGAUGUCAGGAUCGGCAAGAAGGAUGAGUACUAAACGGGCAUCACUAUUUGCCUGGAUGACUUUACAAUCAAUUCCCGAGGAGACAAUAAUAUCACCACAUAUUUUGGAGUUUUUGGAACAAACUCUGGAACCCAUACCCACUAAGGCUGAACAGAGUAGCGGCUCACAGACCCCCUCUAACAAUGCUGUCAAUUUGGAUAUUUUGCCUGCGAAUUAUGUACAAUACGCCUCUUUCCCCGUAGAUGUUAUUGUCUAUUUCCACAUGCAACCCUCGACGUUUAGAUUCUCCUGCCUACCCGUAUCUCGGGUGGAAUGUAUGUUACAACUGCCCAGUUUGGAUAUUGUGUUCUCUUCGAAACGUUCGGCCGAUGAAGAUAAUCAACAAAAUCCCUUUGAAUCAAAUUCAAGUACUGCAGGUGGUGCAGCAACAUCCGGCCCUGAAAAGGAUAAGGAUAAAACACCUCAAGGUGGUCUCAGUGUUACCGGCUGUUUGGCCGAUUUUAAUGUGUUCAUUUUCCAUCCUUAUGGUGGCAAGAAGACCAACAUAAAGGAAGCUCAAUUUUCACCACUCACCGAUUCGGAGCGAAAAGAUUCACUGAGCAUAAAUGUGGAAUUUGUAAAAUUCCAUAUAACACGUUGCCGCAAGGUCUACAUCGAACCAUCUGCUUCAUCGAAAAGGUCGUUGGAUCAGUCAAAGGCUGUGGUAAGAUUCUCAACCAUUGUUGAUAUAGGCAGUGCCUCUUUCAAGUACGAUAUGCGGCGAUUGACGGAGAUAUUGGCAUUCCCCAAGGCCUGGUACAGGCGACGUAUAGUCCGUCGUUUAUUCUUGGGCGAUUUGAGUGUGCAACAAACAAAUAGUGAAAGCGGUGGCGGUGGUGAUCAUGCUGCCGGCACUCCUACGACGCCCAAAGAUUUUCAACGUACCCGAACCCCGGAUAAAUCUCCAGGGGAUCCAACUGCUUUCUAUGGUCGUGAUAAGAUGAAAUUGAAUUUCGAUACUCCCACAUCAUCGACGGGUGCCAUACGUAAGCUCAAAUCCUUGGGCAAAUCGUCGAGUAAUGAGUCCUCCAGUACACCACCCUCGGAGAAGAAUCAAAUCACCGCCUGGGAAACAUUGGUUUUAUUUGCAGUAAAUUUCACGAAAUUAAAUGUUCAAAUGAAUAUGGGCAAUGUUAUGGGUAAUGUGGUAUGGCUAACCAAAGAUUUCCAAUCAGAUGGUCGCCUAUCGAUUGGCAGCACUGGCUAUAAAAAUAUGUAUAUUGGCAUUUAUUUGGGUGGUUCAUCGUUGGAUGCCAAGGGUGGCAUUGUUGGUGGUAGUUUUGAGGUUAAUAAAAUCAAUAAUCGUUUCCAUAUUAAGGAAGAGUCUGGCGUGGAACCAUGUCACACCAUACGUUUGAGUUUUAUGGCAUUGGAAUUGCGUUUGGAUUACAUGGGCACUUCGGUCUUGAUGACGAGGAUAAGUUCCUUCUCAGCUGCCAUGAAGGAUGAAUGGAAAACUACACUGCUAAAUGCUGGCAAGGCCGAGGAGACGAAAUAUGACAAUUCGGCACCCAAGGCUAUUAUCUUUGUUCAUGGAGAUUUAUCGUGGGAUCAGCUACAAAUCAUGAUUUCCAAAUCAACAACUGCCGACCUGCUGAAAAUGUACUACAAACUGGAAGAGUUCUUUACACAACAAUUCAAGUCAUCAAAACGUGUUUUCUCCAGUCUGGAACCACGAUUACAUGAGCGAAAUGCCAGCAUGAAGCGGCGAGCAAAUAUGAAGAAGAAAAUGAGUGGUGGGGAGAAUUUGGGUCCUGACAUUAGCAACACAGAUGCCCGACAUCAUCGCCAUUGGCAGAAGCCAUUGGAAAUGGUGGCUGGCCUGGUUGUUCCCACCUUGGUGACACGCCUGCCUCGCAAUGGCAACGUCUUGGGUGGUUCGGUGAAAUUACAUGGCAAUAAUAUUUCAUUGGCCUGUUUCCAUGGCAUUAAUUUCAAAUCAAAAUCUUGGGCUUUAUUUAGUUUAAAAUCGCCAUUUAUCAAUUUCACCACUGAGGCAUAUCAGGAUGCGGAGACGCGAGAGAUAUUUGUGACACAGACAUUAACCUCAUGUCUGGGCCAGUCCAACGAAGAGGGUCAGCAGCAAAAUCAUUCAAUGGCCAUUGUUAGUCGCAUUUCGAGGAAUAUUGUAUUUCCACCACAAUUCAAGACAUUGAAUGAGUGGUUCCAUUAUGCAUUUGCCAAUAGUGAAAUUGAUGCUGUUGAUCGUUUCCCCAUUCUGGAAUAUGAUCGUGAAAUUGCCUCGAAUUCAAUAGAACGUACCAGAUCGGCUGCCUCCAGCACAGCCAGUUCAACCAAAUCUCAAGAUCGUGAAGUCAUAUUUGCCUUACCCAGUUUACAUUUGCAUUUUAGAACGGAACACAAACAGGGCCCAACAACACCGCAGCCAUCAGACAUGAAACCAGAGGUUAUCUGCAGUUUUACCACAGAAUUUGACGAUCACAUUUUCGUGACCGUAGAUGCUGAUGCCUUCUUCUUUUUGCAUGACUUAAUCACGUCCUAUGUCAAGGAGAAGGAGAAAGUGGUUGGUGCUCAAUCAGCCCGUGCAGCCUCGCCCAAUCUCUCGCAAAACCUCAAACACCAGCUUAAACCCUAUGUCACCGAUGAAAUCCUUAAGGAACAGCAGCAUUUAGCAUCGACAUCAUCUAACAAUUCAUCAGCUUCAAAUACUCUAUCAUCACGGAAUGCUAGCUCAAGCAAUUUAGAUGUAAAUCAAACACAGCAGCAACAAUCAUCUAUGGCAAAUGCCGGUGCACAGCAUUUGGCCAAUAGCAAUCAUAAUUUGAACAACGAUACCAAAGACUCAAACACAACCCCUGGCACCAGCACAUCAGCAACAAAACAAACAACUAACAUGAAUUCAAACUCUGUAACAAGUGGCGGUGCUGCAGGCUCGGCAAUAUCAUCCGGUACGUCGCAAAAUGCAACCUCAUCUGGAGCAGGUGGAGCAGCUGGCGGUGAUGCUGCGGCUGCUGGUAACAAUGAUACCGAUUUAGAAUCAUUCUUUCGUGAUUGGCGUCAUUUCGAAUGUCAGACAUGGCAUUUGGAACCCACAGUGCGGAUACUCUAUUGGGCUGGCAAAUCCAUUGAACCCUAUGGCAUUGAUUAUAUACUCAAUAAAUUGGGUUUCAGUCAUGCCCGCACCACAAUACCCAAGUGGCUGCAGCGGGGUUUUAUGGACCCCCUCGAUAAGGUACAGGCUUUAAUGAUGAUGCAAUUGUUAAAUAUGAUUAGGGAAAAUAAACAGGAACAAAAUGUGAAAAAUAAUAAAAAUUCCAAUUAAGGUAGAGAAGAAGCCUUCAGAGAAAAAACAAA